AUGUCCGCCGUGCCUACGAUGGCUCCCCCUUCACCGACGCCUACACCCGGUGGAGGUGGCGAUACGUCCUCCUCUAACAACUCGCCGUUACUCUUCUUUGUUGCGCUCGGAUUCGGAGUCGUUUUCACUAACUUAUGGAUAAUCGUGGGUGUGAAAUACUGCUUCCGGUAUAACCAGCGACAUCGUCAGGCUCGAAAUGACGCCAACGGCGAGCCCAUCGACAUGGUCAACGUUCCGCGCACCCACCGUAGAAGGAGGGAAAAGAAACUCAUGUCGAUGGAAGAUGUUAACAGUCGGUUUCCCAUCACAAAGUACAAGAGCUGGCGUGCUUCAAGAGCUGAAGCGGGCCUUCCUACUGCCGGUGGUAUCGACAACAACAUAGACACCCACACAUCGAGCCGACCAAGGGAUAACCAGGAAUCUGGAACGAUUGAUACGUCUCACGCAACAACGACAACGAUGACGACCGACCGCGCCGAAUGCUCGGGUGCAAUGAGCCCUGAUAGCAUGUUAGGCCGCAAAUCUCCCGAAAUUCAAGUCCCUGCCCCGGCUCAUGUUACUGCAGAGAAAUCUACGACUGCCCCUUCCACUGCUACUGGACCCAACCCGGCCGACCGUCUAUCCAGCGACAACCACAGCCUAAAACACACCGACUCCCACCUCCCCGACCACGAUGACGAUGAUAAUGAUGACCACAUCUCUCACGCUAUGACGACCGAUCUUAUGGCCAACCCCGGCGACUCCUGUGCUAUCUGUCUUGAUAUGAUCGAAGACGACGACGAUGUGCGCGGUCUCACCUGUGGCCACGCCUUCCACGCAUCUUGUGUUGACCCUUGGCUCACCAGCCGUCGUGCUUGCUGUCCGCUCUGUAAGGCUGACUACUUUGUCCCCAAACCACGGCCUGAGGGUGAGACACAAGAGGAGGACCGACGCGAGCGCGGCAGGCGACAAGGUAACAAUGCAGGCGUGAGCGACGGCGAUACGCCUUAUCAGACUGCCCGCAUGCCGCCGUUUGCAUCCAGGAUGGUGCUAGCCGGACGAUUCAUGCCGGUUGUUCCGGGUGAGGAGAACACUCGAUCUGCUAGGGACCGGGGCUUGCGUCGUGCUGGAGGCAGUGCAGACGCUGACACUAAUAAUGCCGAUGGCACUACCACCCAUCAACAGUCCAAUGGAUGGAGAUCUCGUCUGCCACGGUUAAAUAUCCCUCGAAUCGGUAGGAACAGGGACCAUGGUUCCCAGCAGGGCGAUGCCAACGCCUCGUCCGUCGUCGCAGAUCCGCCCACACCAAGACAACUGGAGGCUGCUACUCCUGCAGCGAGAUAG